AUGGAUGUCCUCAUUACAAACCCUAGGAUUUUACUGAAGCCCCCAGACCAUCCAACCAAUCAGCUUAUAAAGGCUACUCAAGAGUUGGGUCAGCAGGCAAUCCAAAUGAGUGGUCAAGCUGAAGAAGCUUCGACAAGCAGAGGGAUAUAUCAAGACAUGUCUGGACAUAUGAAGGAAGAAGAUAGAGCAUCUACUUUCACAAUUGAUCCACAGUAUCAUAGCAUGAAAUUUUCGGAGUUGAAAGAAGAGCAGCUCGAUGCAGUUUGCUUCAACGGCCAAUACGGGAAAGCGCAUAUACUGCAAUUGCAGAAAUUGAAAAGCAUGAUCGAAGGCAUAGACAAAGCAAAGAAAUCUUGGCAGGAUAUUUAUCUGAAAUCCUACGGAAGCAAAGAGAAAUUUGAUGAGGACCGGGCCAAAACUGAACACUUAUCGGAUGUGAUUCGAGGCAUAUUGGCAGAUGUUUAUGACAAGAGGAAUGCAAACCGUGAGGAGUAUGAAUGGUGUCAAAGAAAGCUAUUCGAUAUUUGUCCCGGAAUGGAGGAGCCAGGGAGCCACCAGAGCAGCUUCAUAGGAUCCGCAAAAGCAGACAGAUCGUCCAAGCCUGGAAGCCAUCAGCUAGGAUACCCUCUGAGACGGAUCCGGGUUUGUCUUCGGAACAGGUCUGCAACAAAGCAGGAACGGAUCCUGUUAGAUCUGGGCAGGGCCGAACAAGCGGGCUUCACAUUCUCCCAGGAGGUCAUCAGCUUGGCCGAGAAGAUUGCUGGCUUGGCUCAGCUCAUUGUGGAUCCCGCAAACAAUGUGCUGCUUUCAAGCGGAGAAAGGAAGCUUUUGAAGAGAUUAGAAAGUCACACACUUUCGCUUAGAAGACAAGACCAUUUAAUCAGGAUGGGUGAUAGGUUUCAAGAGCUCCAAAAACAAGACACUUUGUUGGGGUUGACUGACCCCGAUGAUUUGGGACUGAUUCUUGAGACACUCAAAGAGUUGCAUUCCAGGGAAAGAAACAGUCCAUUCUGGACGGAUGAGGAUGAGAAGUUGGCCAAGGCCUUGAAGAUGAUAAGCAAAGAUUGCGGAACAAAUCAAUGGAAAUCACAACAGAUUGUGACAGAGAUCAGAAAUCAGAAGGCUUACAAGGUAUUGAGAGGCAAAGGAGUGGCCACAUUGACUCUAGAGGAUGUUCAGCUCUGCAGAAAAUUGUCAAAAAAUUUACAAAAUUAUCACAAAUCUUAUCAACUUGAUAAGGUUGAUGAGUUGACAGAAGAAGAGACGAUUAAGGUUAAAGACUUGGCAAAGCAAUAUUAUUGGAUGAAAGAGAAGUUUUGGGAACCUAAGAACUAUGAUCCAAUAGGGACUGCAAUCAAAGCGAUGGAGAAUGAGGUCUCAUCCGUAGAGGAACUAUCCCUCCGAUUUUUGAGAACAAAAGAAACACUCGAUUCAAGCCAAAAGAUCCUCUCGAAAAAGUUGGAAAGGGGAAUUCCCAUCAUACGGCUCCAAGAAGAUACAGCCACAAACACUGAAAGAGGAGUCUAUGAAAACGAAAUGAAACUGCCUGACAAUAGAAAGAUAAAGAGAGUCAAGAAAGCGCUCCAAUCAGCAGACGAUCUGAGACUGAUUGAACGGUACACUGAAGCUGAUUUGGCCAGACUGUUUGAGGAGACGGUUUAUUCCACCCCUCUGUCGGAGUUUUGGAUCUGGGGGAACCAGAGACACAAGCCUUCGAUCAUCUAUCCAGAGCUCCACAGCCUGUUGUCGCUUGCGGAAUCAAGCGUCUUGUCGUUCGAGGAGAGAUGCAAAGUGGUGAUUUAUUCUGGAAAGAUCAAGGCAAAACUCUAUUGGGAAGCUGACGCGCCGCCUGUGACGGUGGAAAGCUUGGCUCUAAAGCGACUCAAGUUCCUCCAUUCUCAGAAUAUGAGGACCCUUGAUGCCCAUGAAAAUCUGAUCUAUGCCAGCUUGAAUGGAGGCCUUUUCGGAGAAAUAUGGCACUUGAAAUCCAAACUCAAAAUCAAGUCUUUGGCCCUAGAAGAACUGUUAGUCCAAGCCUGUAAACCGACGAUUGAAGACCAAAAGCUGGCAUUGAAGCUAUCGGGCCCAAAUGUUUUCUUGAGUGAACUGAAUCACUCUGAAUGGGCAACUAUCGUUUAUCUUCUACCCGAUGAGAUUAUGAAGCUGGGACGUCUUUGCAGUACCCCGAGUCCAGAAGAUGCUAAUGGGAAAGACACAACACAGCCACACAACAUACCCUCUUCCAACCUGCAAUCGAGUCCAUCAGAUCCUCUGCUUGAAAAAAACGAUCAUGCAAGCUUCUUCAAGAAUGACCGAUUUUCCCAGACACUGGUGCUGAUCCAGAACGCGUCGGACCGCAUGAAUCUCAAGCCCAAGGCGACGACGUUUGAAGACUCAAAUCCAGCAGCCUUUCUGCUCGAGGAAUCUGAAAAAGAGGCGUCAAACCUCGCGAAAUAUAGCACUUAUGCGGCAAAGAUCCUCGAUUUACACGCGAAACUCAAGAGCAAAGUGGCCCGAACAAAGAUCAGUGAGAGUGGUCGGACAUUCUGAGAAUCGUGUGUUUCUAUAAUCCUAUAAGGAUGUUUUCUUUUUGAAGCAAAUUUCGAUCUGACCUUUGGGAGGGAACUCAUUGAGGAUGUAACUCAGGGAGAAUCCGAACUGGUUUUCUGAUGCUUCAGCAUAAUAUCUGAAAACCAUGUAUGCAUGAUUCUGUUUGUGUUUCUGUAACGUUUCAGAUUCUAACCUUUUAUUUUCUCUUUAGUUGUCGAUUUCAUUGGUAAGAUAUUGAAAUCUUUAGUUACUUAUUUGUUAGUUUAGUUGUUAUCAUGAUCUUUAAUUAAGGAUC